GCAUCAAAAGUAGGUGAUUUGAUUUUCCUCACUGCAUUCAUCCAGAGACUACUUUCAUAGCUUUUCCUUUCCUUUUGUCUCCCUCUUUAAUCCAUGGAUACUGCUCAAUGGCCACAGAUGAUGCUGUUAUUUCACUCACCACACCCCACCGGUGUUUGAUUUUAUGCUUCUGUCGUCGUUUAUGCAUGAUCCCUCAUUUUUCUUCGUAUUGCAAUUGCUUUUCUCCUUUCUCUAAAAGAAAAAGUUGUUAGUGUUUUGUUUUUAGUGAUAUUGCAAUCGUCAAAGUGUAAAAGCAGAGUUUCCUUUGUCUUGUUUGUUUCCUUUCGCUUUGAUCAUGAACUGAACUCAUGGCUUUUCUGUCCUUUUGCUUUAUCCUUUUCUCUUUUAAAUUUCAGGGAAUUGGAGUAAUCAAUAAACCCAUGGAAGCUACUUCAAGACCUUUGGUUGAGAGAAGGACAAGGCCGCAAAAGGAUCAAGCUUUGAAUUGUCCUAGGUGCAAUUCCACAAAUACUAAGUUUUGUUACUAUAAUAACUAUAGUCUUUCUCAGCCAAGAUACUUCUGCAAGGGUUGUAGAAGGUAUUGGACUCAAGGGGGGUCUCUGAGGAAUGUUCCUGUGGGUGGAGGUUCAAGGAAGAACAAGAGGUCAACUUCAUCAUCUUCUUCGUCUUCAUCACCUUCAUCAACAUCCCCUGCUUCAUCAAAGAAGCUUGUUGAUCUAAGUACCCCUGCAGGUUUUCCUCAACCUGCUUCUCAGAACCCUAAGAUCCAUGAAAGUCAAGAUCUGAACUUGGCUUACCCACCAACUGAAGAUCAUCAGUACAGUAGCAUGCCGAAAUUUACUGAUGUACCCUUUAGUUCUGCUAACAAUAAAAGCCACCAUCAAAACCCUAGCUCUGCUGCCAUGGAGCUGCUCAAGACAGGGAAUAUCACUUCAAGGGGAUUGAUGAGUUCAUUUGUGCCGACUCCGGUAAAUGGUUCAAGCAUCAGAUAUUCAACUGGGUUUCCUGUGCAAGAAUUCAAACCUGCCCUCAAUUUUUCUCUUGAAGGGUUUGAAAGUGGGUAUGGGAAUCUUCAAGGUAUGCAAGAGAAUGGUACUGCAAGGCUUUUGUUUCCCAUGGAGGACCUGAAGGAGGUCCCAAGCACCACUGAAUUUGUGCAUAAUAGAGGGCCGGGAGGAUCUGGUGGGUACUGGACUGGUUUGUUAGGCGGAGGAUCAUGGUAACAAGAAAGAAAGAUUUUAAAGCUCCUAGUUUCCCUCUUUGCUUUCUCACUUACACGGGUAAUGGAUGGUUUGGCUUGAUUACUAACAAUAUAUGGGUACCUCAUAUACAUGAGUGUUUUUCCACUGUCUUUCUUUUCCACUCUGGUUGUUAAUCAUCUCUUGCUAUCUCAUAAUGCUAUAUAGUUUUCGUUUCCUUUCGUUCUUUAAUUACACUCUGAUCAGUGUGUUAGUUUUUGAAGCUCAUGUUUUAUGUUGGCUUCAAAAUGAUGUUCAUGACAUUGAGUGCUGUGAAUAGAUAUUGGAAUUUGGAAGAACCAGAGGCUUUUCUUUCAUCACAUGCACAUGUCUUACCCUUUAGGGUUUUCAUGUAUAGAAGAGAGGAGAAAUGAGAGUACAUACUCCUUUGCUACAUGUUUGGGGGUUUACUGCAUUGUGAUUUUGAUUCCACUAUUUGUUCCGUGGCAGCAAGGACGAUGGUGAUGAUAUCUAUGUAUUCCUUCCAUGUUGGUUGGUGGCCAUUAAAGUGUUCUUUUUAAUUAUGUAAGCAGUUUGAUGAACAGAAAUGACUUUGUUGAAUUGGGUUUGUUCAUUUUAAUCAAGCACUUUGAUUUGGUUGGAUUGGAUUAGUAAUUUGAUUAUGGGUGGAUUCUUCUCUUUCUAUGUAUCCUUUUUAGCUUAAAAGUGAGUUGGAAUGAUGGUUGUCAAUCCUUUACAGCAAAACCAUUUUCUUUCCUUUUUCUUUUUGCUUGUCAACAGACAGCAGGUCACUAUGGAAAGCACUCCAUGAGUGUCUGGUCUUUUCAGCUACCAUCUGGGGUCUGAGAUUCUUCCAUCCCUUAUUAAAGCAAAAGCUUGAUGACCAAGCACUCUCUCCACAGAAGGAAUAACUAGGUAAUGAACCAUAGCUUCCAUGUUCACAUGCUAUUCCACUUUCUAAAACCUCUACAUAAGCAAAUCAUACAAAACAAAUCAUGGAAAGUAGG